ACCAGACAUUUUUGUAACGGCCGCCCACACCCCUGGCCCCCUUCCCCUCUCGAGCUCGAGCUCUCUCUCUUUUCCCACUUGUUCUUGCUUGCUAUCGACGGAUGGGCACGGCAGCAUGUCUGAAAGGACCUUGAGGGCGCAUGAGGGAGGCCGACGGGCCAAGCGUGUCGAUUAUGCCGCGCUGAACAAAAAGGGCACCGCGAAUGGUGCCGCGUCCGAAGAGGAGGAUGCGGUGCGGCCUUCGCCAAGUGGAGAGAAGACGCUGGAGAUGCUCGUGCAGGAGGACAGCGUCGACAGGAUCUUUGACCUUGGAGAGCGAGAGGAUACGGGCGGGUCGUCGAGAGCGACCGAGACGACUCCGAAGCGCAAGCGUGGUAGGCCUUCAAGAGGCCGGGAGCAGGAUGUCGGUGACGGUGCGAGACCUCGAGGACGAGGACGAGGCCAGGCAAUGACUCGGGGAAGGGGGGGCCGUGGCAGGGGACGACCACGGAGGGUGACGGCAGGAUCUUCGCGGUCACCGUCCCGUAAUCCAAUGGUCGCUACUCCGCAAGACGAAGCGCCACCAUCGAAACAGAGUCGAACGCUGCUCCGAGAGGCCGAUCAACGCCAGGACGAAGAGGCCGACGAAGAAGAUGCCGUCGAAGAGGCCAUCAACGGUGGAGCUGCUGCCGUGGCCGAGACGGAAAGAGAGCAGGCCGAGGCUAUUACAGUCGUUGCUGAAGUGGCGCAAGAGGUCGCUCCUCCGUCGAUCGAGGCGAUUGCCAAGCAGGGGACGGGAAAAAGCAGGCUGAGCGACCAGAUCGCCGAGCGACUCAAGAGCGCCAACAGGCAGCUGGAGAGCGAUACCGUCAUGACCAGCAUCAGCAGCCGCGCACGGAGCAGAUUUGGUCAGACCAAGAGCGGGUCAGCAGCGGUGCAGAAGAUUCUAGACCCCACAGCGGCCCAGGUGCAGCUUUCGAGCUCCGUCAUCGAAGAAGUCGAGGUCCCACGCUCACCUCAAACGGUCUUCAAAGCCAGCAGCCCCGUGCCCCGGGUGUCGAGAUCGCAGGUCGCUACGCCCAACCCAGGUGAGGCCAUCGCGGCUGCAUCGGCUGUAGGAGACCAAGGAGCACCCCCCGUCGCCGUCGAGGAUCUGCCGCCCCCGGAGUCGCGAGUGUACUUUGACAAAGAGAACAGAAUCCGGAGAGCACCACCAGAGCGCUCCUCGGACAAACAGACCAGAAAGGUCGUCGUGGCCGACGGCGAUGCUCGGCGCAAGCGCAAGCGAGCGCAAGAUGGUCAAGGCAACAACGGUGACGCCGCAGAAGAGGGCGAGGUCGAAGAUGUGGAGACAGAGAGGGUUCGCGAUGUGGCAUUCGACGAGGGCGAAGAGGACAUCUUUAUGGACAAAGAGGUGGCUGACCUUGCAGCACAGAGGAGGAGGAAGGAGUCGGCGGCCAGACGGAAGGGAGAGCCGAAGAAGAAGAGAGCGAGGGCGCAGAGGGACCAAGAGACGAGCAAGGAAGGGGCUGGUAGUGAUGAAGAGAAUGAGGAGGAGACGCUCCCGCCAAAGACCUUGCGGAGUGGUCGUCAGGUCGAAGAGCAGCAGGAAGCUGAUGAAGGCAACGAGAACGAGGCCCCCGCGGUCACAUCGACGCCGAGCAAAACCAACGAGAAAGACGGUGCCGAAGCCAGCAACGGCAAAAGCACGAAGGCGUCCGGAAAGGAUCAAGAAGCCGGAAGGAACGAGGCUGAAUUACCGCCCGGGGGGCCAGACGGAGGUGGCGAAAGGCCUUCAGAAAGUGAAGAGGAAGAAGCAGAAGACGACGACGAGGAAGAGGGAGAGGACCGACCGCGCCAGAACGGCCAGUCUGAGACGGCCAAGGGCAAGCAGCGUGCUCACAGCCCUGUCCCUCCCUCUUCCCAGCCACAUGCGUCCCAGCGACAUCGCACUGAGGCCCAGCAAGUGGACGACCAAAACAAUGAUGGUCGAAGGAGCAAUGGUGGUGGCGAGGAAGAGGACGAUGGUUUCGAAACGGACGAAGAGGCCGCUGCUAGAGUCGCAGUAGCAAAGCAGAAGUCCAAGGAGAGGAGGCGGCGAAGAAAGGAAAGGGCAGGCCUGGAUGCUUUCCCAUGGAUUGAAGUGCCUAUUGAUCGUCACUCCUCUCGCCCCAAUGGAGCUGAAGAUGAAGGAUCAGCGGCUGUGAAAGAGGGCCCGAGCGGGAGCGGCAAAAGGCGGCGGUCUGAAGACGAAGAUCCAGAUUAUGACCCUCAGGAUGACGAAGAGGAAGAGAAAGCGCACGGGCGUCGACGGGUUAAGGCGCCACAAGCGCAGCGGCUGAAGAGGCACUACAACUAUUCGACAGGUGGCAACAGGCUUGGACGGCAGAAGUGGACUGAGGAAGAGACACAGUGCCUCCAUCGGGCUCUCGAGAAGCUUAUCAAAAAGAGGGCCAACGAUCCUAGCUACCAGAUCUAUGCAGAGGUGCUCAAUAGGCAUGGAUCACGCGGGUCGACGAACACAAUAUUGCGUCUGAGAAACAACGUGCAGAUCAAGGACAAGGCUCGUAACGAGCUGUUGAGAAUGGACAAGGUCGGCCAGGUGCUGCCUAGUUGGGCAGAUCUGCUCUUUCCGACGCUGUUGAAUGAAGAAAGCGGUGGCGGUGGUGGCCGCGGUCGACCAGGAGCUGGCAGUGGUACUCGUCGCGUGGACAGAGGCGUGGGAAUGUCGACAAGGGUCAAGCACGAGCCUGAGAGCGCAGACGAGCUCGAGGAAGAAGACGGAACUGGGAGCGAGACCCCGGGAGAAAGAUCGUUCGAAUCCUCUUCGGAAGAGGAGGAGUCUGAGUAGGGCUCAAGUGCCAGUGGAUGUGUGUGUGCGCGCGUGAACGCUUUGUGAACGCCCGCGUUGUCUGAACCGUGAUACCAAACAUCUCAUUGUCCGUACAUCCUAGUCUGACAUCCUUUUGAUAAUAUCGAAAGGGACCCGAGCCCUCAAGAAUGAAUCUCUGUUCUCU